CACACACCUUGAAGACGGCGUGACACACACACUACGGUCUCCGCUCGUUUUUGGUGCGAAAUUUAGUGAAAGUUGUCCUGAAAACUCGUGAAAAACAUACCUCAAACCUACAGCCUCAACUUUGCUUGCGAAGAACCACGAAUUGAGUGCGAAUCGUGUACAGUACGCUGAAUAUGACGGAUAUCGCUAAUCUACAGCAACAGGAUAGCAGCAGCUAUAGUGGUGGCGACGGUGACGGUGAUUUGGGCAGUGGCGCCAUGAGUGGAUUCGACCAAAAUCAGGGCUCGGUAGCGGGCGAUGAAAGCAACCCUUCGCUGUUCAUACGCCUUCGUGGUUUGCCGUGGAGCAUCACCGAGGACGAGAUACGCAACUUUCUGCCCGGCGUCAACAUACUGCAGGUGCAUAUUGGUGUGAACCCCAUGACCAAGCGACAAACCGGCGAAGCGUACAUUCGCGUCGCAUCCACCGCCGAUCGCAACAAAGCGUUCGCUCGGAACAAGCAAACGAUCGGUCACCGGUAUAUCGAGUUCUUCAACGCCACCGAGGAACAGUACGAAAUGUCGCUGCAGGAGAUGGACGACGACGAGGACGGUGGUCCGGUGGUGAAGCUGCGCGGUCUACCCUGGACCAGCACGAAGGACGAUGUGAAAGCCUUUUUCCAGGGCUUGACGAUUAAGAAUGGCUAUAAUGGGAUACUUUUGCUACUGGACAACCUGGGACGGGCAUCUGGGGAGGCGAUUGUAGAGUUUGCAACCGAGGCCGAAGCUGAAGCGGCCAUGGGAAAGCACAAAGAGAAGAUUGGGAACAGAUACAUCGAGCUUUUCCGUAGCAGCACUCGUGAAAUGAAUCGCGCGGAAAAGCGCUUGCGACGCAUGACACCGUAUGGGCGCAACGAUCGCAGCUCGGGCGGUGGAGGCUAUUCACAGAUGUCCGAUCCAGUUUACGGUCAAGAUUAUUCUGAUAACACGAUGGGCUCUGGAGGUAAUAUGAGUGGCGGCUGGAAUGAUCGUUCCAAUGGCGGUUAUGGCAAUGGCGGCAGUGGAUACAAUCCCAGCUCGAACAAUAUGGGCCAAAUGUACUCGCCAGGAAACAAUGGCAAUUCCGGAUCGGGGCUUUCCAACAAUUUGGGUAACAUCGACAUCUUGCGUCUGUUGCAGGAUCAGCUAAUAGAUCGAGGUGGCGGCACCAACUAUGGUUCGGGACGUAGCGGAAGUCCUUCCGGUGGUGGGAUGAACAGCGGUGGCGGCGUUAGUGUCAGUGCGAACAAUUACAGCACCAGCGCUGCCUAUGGUUCCGGUUCCGGCAGCAAUUCCGGCGGCGGUGAUAUGCAAUCGAUGAUGGGCAUGGACCGUGGUGGCGGCAGCAGUGGCAGCUAUCGUUCGUCGGGACCGAUGUCCAACAGCUACGGCAGCUACUCGUCGGGUAUGGGAGGCGGCAAUAGUUCCAACAUGGGAUCGUAUAAUAACAGCAGCUACGGGUACGGUUCGGGCGGUGGCGGUAACAGUGGUGGCAGCAGCUACGGUACAAUGAACAAUUACGCCAGCAAUGAUUUUGCGGGCGACGAACCGAACCUGUACUGUGUGCAUAUGCGCGGUAUGCCGUUCAGCUGCGAUGAGCAGGAUAUGCACGACUUCUUCAUGCCGCUAAGGCCGGUCAAGUGUGUGGUGCAGCUGAACAGCCGCAAACGCCCGUCAGGCGAAGGGGAUGCGUACUUCGAAACGAAGGAGGAAGCCGUCAAAGCGAUGCGAAAGGAUAAGGAAAAGAUGGGCUCCCGGUACAUUGAGCUGUUUGCCGGUCAGCGUCACUUUGGCACCGGUAGCGGUAAUGUCGGCAGUGGCAGCCUUAGCGGUAUGGGAGGCAACCAAUUCCCGAAGAAGUACUUUAACUGAAGUCUUUUUUCGGCUGAUUUAAGAUGAGAUUUUUAUAUGUCCUCACUUUCAUCACUCAUCCAUCAUCGUUAACCUCCCUCGAAUGGGCUACUUUGCGACGAGAUUGUGAGGUUUUCCGGUUCCAUCGUGAACAUUUGCAUACACUCAACAUUACUUCGAUCCGUCUGUAUCAUUUCGCUGUGUAUCUCACCGUACGGGAACCUGUGAGAUGGAAACAUUUAACUAUAGUAUGACAAAUCUUACCUUAUUUUAACUCACUGACCUGAGGCACGCAAUAUUAUGUUUGAUAGCAGGGUAGCUUUUGGUUCUCUUUGGUUUAACACGUCGCGUUUUGCUCAUAUCGUAUGUAAAGCAAGUUAAAUAAAUCAUUUGACAAUUGAUAAUCAAAUAAUUUUGCAAGAAUCCCAUUAAUAUGAGCUGCUGGAAGUUGGUUGGAAUGUUUUUGUACUCAGCUUAAAUUCGUCUUGUUGUCGCACGCGUAAAUGACGCGAACGAAGCACAACCCAAGGGAUACUUAGCUGUAUUAUUAAGAAAACAAAAACAGCUCUGUUUAGUUACAGUAAGCUUAACCUGUUGGUGGUGGUGACGGUGAUGAUGAUGAUGUUUAAUACUUCUGCGUAAGCUGCGUAUGGUGGGAAGAAUAUUGCGAUGGAUAAUGUAUAGCUCUUAAGACACCGUUAAUGAAGGAAUCGAAUCGAAAGCGAAGACGACACAAAUCUUAUAACAACAAUUUUAAGACACAUUGAACAUGCAGUUGCACUGAAAAAAAAAACACACAAAACAUACUCCCUUAAAUAACAAAACAGAAAUUAAGAAGAAAAAAAUUACUCAGAACUUAUUGGACAAAAAGCUUUCCUUUUUUUUGUUUAUGUUGUCCGUGGCUAUAGUAUAAUUCUUUAUUUCUUUACGAUUAAUUAAAUUUACAUCUACAAAAACACAAACACAUAAGUAUGUAUAGUGAAAGGGGGAAAAAGGGGGUAAAUCGAUGGUGUGUGUGUGUGCGCGUGCCUGAGAUACUCGCAGCAUCCCAGGUCGAAAGUUAAGGUACCGAGAUAUAUGAAGUAAUUAGGUGGCGCAAGAAAGGAAGGCUAGGGCAGACAGAGAACCCGCAUGGAGUUAAUAAACUGACACCCAAUUUAAAAACGA